AUGAGCGGAAGAGGCAAAACCGGAGGCAAGGCCAGGGCGAAGGCAAAGACACGUUCAUCCCGUGCCGGACUCCAGUUCCCCGUGGGCCGUGUGCACAGGCUGCUGCGCAAAGGCAACUACGCCGAGCGUGUGGGCGCUGGCGCACCAGUGUACCUGGCCGCAGUGCUCGAGUACCUGACUGCUGAGAUCCUGGAGUUGGCCGGCAACGCUGCCCGUGACAACAAGAAGACCCGUAUCAUCCCCCGUCACCUGCAGCUGGCCGUGCGUAACGACGAGGAGCUGAACAAACUGCUUGGCGGCGUGACCAUCGCUCAGGGUGGUGUGCUACCCAACAUCCAGGCAGUGCUGCUCCCCAAGAAGACUGAGAAGGCCGUCAAAGCCAAGUAAAAUCGCUACUGCGGCUGC